CAAUCUCGCCAGUCUAGCAUCGAAAGUCGAAUAGCGGCUACGUUCAGACGACUGUUAUGGUUCUGCUGCAAUUUUGACGUGUGAACGAGUGGGGUAUCGCGAUUAAAAGUCAGGUAGGGUCGGCGUGGCGCGCCUUUGGCCAAACACUAACGUCAAAUAAUGGAAAGGUUAAAAUGGUGGACGAUCUGGCUUUUCGUCUUGCUUCUCCAAGCAGAUGCUUUUUAUGUACCAGGAGUUGCACCGGUGGAGUUCACGGCUGGUCAGAAAAUCGACGUCAAGGCUGUCAAAAUGACGAGUACCAGAACUCAGUUGCCAUACGGCUACUAUUCGUUGGACUUCUGCAAUCCAAAAGGCGGCGCUCUCAUCUAUAAGUCCGAAAACUUGGGCGAGAUACUCAGGGGCGACAGAAUUGUCAACACGCCUUACGAAGUUGAGAUGAAUGUUCCUGUUCAUUGUCGACUUCUGUGUCACACGCCGAAUGAAAAGAUGACUUGGAGCAAGGAAAAAUCUGAGCUAGCAAUAGAGCGAAUUCAGCACGAGUACUAUGUACAUCUACUGAUAGACAAUCUGCCUGCGGCAACUAAACAGCAACAUCCAGAGACCAACGACUUCACAGUACAACCCGGAUACAGAUUAGGUGGAAUUAAAAAUGGCCAAGCGUACAUCAACAAUUACCUGAAGCUGAUUCUCAGCUAUCACAAACACGGAGAAAACCAGUACAGAGUUGUUGGUUUUGAAGUGGAGGCAAGUUCUGUUGAUACCAAUCAGAUCGAAUUUACUGACAAGAAUGAAUGCAUCAUCCCUGAUAAUCCCAAGCCACUUUUCAUCAACCCAGAAGGCACCAAACUCCAAUUUUUCUACUCUGUCGUGUGGAAAGAGUCCGCUGUCAGUUGGGCGAGCAGAUGGGACGUGUAUCUUGGCAUGAGCGACGUCCAGAUUCACUGGUUCUCUAUAAUAAACUCGUUGGUUGUGGUCUUCUUUCUAUCUGGAAUACUGACUAUGAUAAUGGUGAGAACACUCAGACGGGACAUAGCAAAGUAUAACGCAGGCGAAAGUGACAGUUUAAGCGGUCUUGAUGAAGCGAUAGAAGAAACUGGGUGGAAACUUGUUCACGGCGACGUUUUUCGACCACCGACAAACUCUCGACUCUUCGCUGCUGUCAUUGGUAGUGGAAUUCAGAUUUUCUUCAUGGCGCUUAUCACUAUAUUUUUUGCAAUGCUGGGUAUGUUGUCACCUGCGAGUAGAGGAGCCCUUGGCACCUGCGCUAUAUUCCUUUACGUGUUCUCCGGGCUUGUCGCCGGUUACUUUUCGGCGCGUCUCUACAAAACGAUGCGAGGCAGAGAAUGGAAGAAGGCUGCGUUACUGACUGCAAUGCUUUAUCCGGGGAUAGUUUUCACCACUUGUUUCUUCCUGAAUUUCUUCAUUUGGGGAAAGAAGAGUUCAGGCGCUGUUCCUUUCACCACUAUGUUGUCCCUGCUUUGCCUCUGGUUUGGCAUUUCUCUGCCUCUCGUUUACCUCGGUUACUUCUUCGGAUAUAGAAAACAGCCCUUUGCUCAUCCCGUUAGGACGAAUCAGAUUCCCAGACAGGUUCCUGAUCAGUUGUGGUACAUGAAUCCAAUUCUAUGUACACUGAUGGCUGGGAUUCUGCCGUUUGGGGCAGUUUUCAUUGAGCUGUUUUUCAUCCUGACAGCGCUGUGGGAAAACCAGUUUUACUACCUAUUUGGUUUUCUCUUUCUCGUCUUCUGCAUACUCGUCAUAUCCUGCUCGCAAAUAUCCAUUGUUAUGGUCUAUUUCCAACUUUGCGGAGAAGACUACAGAUGGUGGUGGAGAAGUUUUAUAGUGAGUGGCGGAUCAGCCAUAUAUGUAUUGGCUUACUCGAUAUUCUACUUUGUGACAAAGUUGGAAAUAACCGAAUUAGUGCCAACGUUGAUGUACUUCAGUUACACAGGUCUGAUGGUACUGACAUUCUGGCUUUUGACCGGAACCAUCGGAUUCUUUGCGGCUUACGCGUUUAUUGGGAAAAUUUACGCUGCCGUGAAGAUAGACUAGUCAGUGAUAAAAAUAAUAGUAAUAAUAUUAUAAUAUUAAGACAAACUUUAAAGAAAAAAAAAAAGAAAAACCAGAAAGACAAGAACUGAGAGGAAAAAUAAACAAACCAGUAAAAACCCCAGACGAGUUCGUUGGAUCUUAUAUAAAUUCUUCUCACGAUAUAAUAUGUAUAUUGUAUAUCUUUGCGUUCGAAGCAAAAAAAAAACAAAUACAAAAAAAUACGCAGAAUUACAAAAUUUCAGGACUGUGGUGUGAAAUUCACCGGAUAUUGAUUUUCAAAAUAUCUAAUAUGAAAUCGCUAAAUCAUCCUGCAUCUGGAAUUUUUUCACAGUGAUGACAACACUUUCGACGUUUAGUCAAUGACAAGGCUGCGGAAAGCAUUUUGUCCAAAUCGAAUCUCGUCGAAUUUACUUAUUACCCCUCUAAAUAAUAGUAAUAAUAAUGACAAGAAAAAAAAUUAAUUUCGUAUAAUUUUCAUUAAUAUACAGGAGGUAUGUAGUAUUUAAAAUAAUGUUGACCAGGAUCAAUAUCACUCUUUUGUUUUCAAGGUGAGCGAUGGAAAGAAAAGGAAAUAAAGAGAAAAGAAAACAACAUUUAAAUAGCUGAAGAAAUAAAAAUCUGAAUGUCAUAUGGAAAUGAAAAAAUGACGAAGCGUACAUUGAACGUGACGACUGAAAACGACGCUAGAAGCUGUCUUGGUUGUAUAUAAAAAAAGGAGAAAAAAAAAACAAAAAAAAACAGGAAAAGAAAUAAAAAUUUUAUAUAUAAUA